AUGGUUUCAAGUAUCGCUAUUAUAAGGGAUGUACUGAAUCCCUUACAAACGGCUAGGUUUAAUGCAUUGUUAGGAACACAAUUACCAAGCACACUAAACCUCAAUUUAUCUUUCGGAGAUCAUCUACUCUUCUGUAAUCCUUUUGAGAACAAGCUCGACCACGACGGGUACUUCCAUUACCAGCAUCCAUCCAGUUUACUAGCAAGUCCAUUUUUACAAUACAAACGAAGAUUAUGGGUUCAAGGAAGAAUACGACAGCACGUCCCUUCAAUCUCACUGAAGCAACCGAAAGAAUUGAUCUGCAAGGAGAGCGUUCAAUACAUAAAAAAGAUAAACGAGGAACAUUUUGUCUGCUUAAAGAGAGAAAUUAAUGAUAAAGAAGGAAUUCCUCUUUUGGAAGAGCUCAGGACUUUAAUAUAUACCGACUCAAACCCACAAGAAAGAACCACCACCACCCUCAUCACCGACUCUGCGGGUGAAACAAUUGGUACAUUCAACUUCAAAGAGAUGGAUAUAAUACGAUACAGUCAAUUGACUCUUAAUCCACAUAGAAUUCACUGGGACAAAGAUUAUUGUAGAGGUACAGAAGGGUAUCGCGAUAUAAUUGUGCAGGGACCGUUCUCUCUUCAGGUACUAUUGAGGAUCUUCGAACAGUAUUUGAAAAGGCAAUGCCAUGACACCAACAUAUCCCAAAUCAAAUACAAAAAUACAGCACCACUGUACCCUGGCACCAUGAUUACAAUCCAUCUACUGCCAGGGAGCACUCCUAAUCAGUAUCUUUUGUCAAUGAGAGAUCCUACUAAUGUUUACUUAGAGGCUUACGUAACCCUCCUCGAGAAAUGA